AUGAAGAAGCAGCCUGUGCUCUGCAACGAGAGGAGCCGCCACCAGAGCGGCCGCCACAGGAGUGGCCACCACCAGUCAGUCACCACAGGAGCGGCCGCCACCCGAAGGAAUACCACCAGUCAGUCACCACAGGAGGGGCCGCCACCAGAGGGAACAGCACGUUCAGUCACCACAGGAGCGGCCACCACCGGAGGGAACACCACCAUUCAGUCACCACAGGAGGGGCCGCUCCUGGAGGGGACAGCACCGUUCAGUCACCACAGAAGCGGCCGCCACCAGAGGGAACAGCACGUUCAGUCACCACAGGAGCAGCCACCACCGGAGGGAACACCAUCAGUCAGUCACCACAGGAGGGGCCGCCACCAGAGGGAACAGCACCGUUCAGUCACCACAGGAGCGGCCUCCACCAGUCAGUCACCACAGGAGGGGCCGCCACCAGAGGGAACAGCACGUUCAGUCACCACAGGAGCAGCCGCCACUGGAGGGAACACCACCAUUCAGUCACCACAGGAGGGGCUGCCCCUGGAGGGGACAGCGCCGUUCAGUCACCACAGGAGCGGCCGCCACCAGUCAGUCACCACAGGAGGGGCCGCCCCUGGAGGGGACAGCACCGUUCAGUCACCACAGGAGGGGCCGCCACCGGAGGGAACACCACCAGUCAGUCACCACAGGAGGGGCCGCCACCAGUCAGUCACCACAGGAGGGGCCGCCACCAGUCAGUCACCACAGGAGGGGCCGCCACCAGAGGGAACAGCACGUUCAGUCACCACAGGAGCGGCCGCCACUGGAGGGAACACCACCAUUCAGUCACCACAGGAGGGGCUGCCCCUGGAGGGGACAGCGCCGUUCAGUCACCACAGGAGCGGCCGCCACCAGUCAGUCACCACAGGAGGGGCCGCCCCUGGAGGGGACAGCACCGUUCAGUCACCACAGGAGGGGCCGCCACCGGAGGGAACACCACCAGUCAGUCACCACAGGAGCGGCCGCCACCAGUCAGUCACCACAGGAAGGGCCGCCACCACUCAGUCACCACACCUGAAGGGGGCCCCCACCCCCGCUCACCACAACUGA